AUGAAGACUUCAACUCUCGCAAUGGCCGCUUUUGCGCCAAUGGUUUUUGCUGGUCGCUUCAUUCGACGAGACCACCCUGAGCCUGCCAUGGCUAUGCCUGCAGCUCCUGAGCAUCCCGUUGCCGCUCCUCCAGCUGAGCACCCUGCUGCUGCACCAGCUCCUCCUGCUGAGCAUCCCGUCGCUGCUCCCGCUCCCGCUCCUCCUGCAGAGCAUGUUGCUGCUCCUCCCGCAGAGGUUGUUCACCCCGGUGUCACCAAGGAACACAAGACCGAGAUCAUCAUCAUCUGGCAAAACCCUGGAGCUGGUGCCGAGACCACAACCGUCAACGAGAAGGUCACAGUUACUGAGACCGUGACCAAGGGUGGAGAGGUAGCCACUCAGCCUGCCGCCGCCGCAUCUCACACUGUCACCGUUGGAGGCCCUGGAGGCCUUGUCUACCAGCCUGAGGAGCUUCACGAUAUCCCUGUUGGUGACACCAUCGUCUUCGAGUUCCUGUCACAGAACCACACUGUCUCUCAGUCUGGCUUCACCACCCCUUGUGAUCUUAUGGAUGCUGGCAUGGACUCUGGAUUCAUGGCCAACCCUAACAACACUGUCUCUCCUCCUCCUCAAGUUGCUAUGCAAGUCAUGGUUGACACUCCUUUGUGGUUCUACUGCAAGCAGGGCAACCACUGUGGUCAGGGUAUGGUUUUCUCCGUCAACCCUACCCUUGAGAAGACACACGCCAUGUUCAAGGAGAUGGCUAUCCAGCAGAAGGGUGACGGCAAGCUUGCUCCUAUCCAAGGUGGUGAGCCCGCUGCUCCCGCCGAGUCCAAGCCCGCUGCUCCCCCCGCUGCUCCCCCUGCUGCCCCUCCCGCCGAGGCUGCCCCUGCCCCCCCUGAGGCUACAGGAGUUGUUCCCGGCAAGGGCACUGUCGCUCCCGAUGGCAGCUGUGUUUGCCACGUCUCUUGUGCAGCUGGUGCUUUCCCUGCCGCUGCACAGGGUAUCAACUCUUUCGGUGGCAUGGCCGGAGGUCUUCCUUACAACAUGGGUGCUGCGAGCUAA